AUGCUGCUGCAGCUGCUGGAGGAAGCAGCAGAGGAACGCCGGCUGCAGCAGCUGCAGCAGCAGCAGCAGCAGCAGCAGCAGCGGGAUGUGGGCCUCGGCUUCGGGCUGCAGCGCAGCACAAACACAGCAACAGCUGCUGCUGCUGCUGAAGGAGUGCUGCCGCAGCAGCAGCUGCAGCGGCAGCAGCAGCUGCAGGAAAGGCUAGCCUAUCGCCAAAGAGAGCAGCAGCAGCUGCUGCUGCAGCAGCAGCUGCAGCAGCAGCAGCAGCAUUUCCUGCAGCAAGGGAGCGGCGUGCAGCCGUCGGCGGUGAGAGCCUCGCUGCACUUCGCUCCACUGCAGCAGCAGCAACUCCUGCAGCAGCAACUACUGCAGCAGCAGCAGCAGCAGCAGCAGCAGCAGGGGGCCCCUCUUCUGUCCCCUGUGGGGCGAUGGACUUUACCUGUCCCCAGAGAUAUUCCCGUGGGGGGCCCCCCGAGGGCAGCUUUUGGUAGGGGGGGCCCCUGUCCCUCUGUCUCUAAAAAGCAGCAGCUAGCAGCAAAAGCAGCAGCAGCAGCAGCAGCAGCAGCAGCAGUUUUCAAGAAGUCCCAUAGUGCUGCGCAGCUUCACUGCCUAAGCCCGUAUGCAGCAGAGGUUUCUUCACCUGCUGCUGCUGCUGCUGCUGCUGCUGCUGCUGCUGCCUGUCGCGCCGGCGGCGCUGCUGCAGCUGCUGCUCCACGCAGCACAGCAGCAGCAGCAGCAGCAGCAGCAGCAGCAGCAGCAGCAGCAGCAAGAAGACAAAGAACCCCCAUCAAGGCCAAAAGGGCCUCCACGCCUGCCCCUUUUGUCUGCGGCAGCACGCGCAGCAGCCACAACAUCCUGCUGCAGCAGUCAGCAGCAGCAGCAGCAACUCGACUGGCUGCUGGCAGCAACAGGAGCAGCAGCAGCAGACACAUCAGGAGGUCCCACAGCACUGGAGAGCUGCUUUUGAAGCCCAAGGCGGCAAACCAGCAGCAGCAGCAGCAGCAGCAGCAGCAGCAGCAGCAGCAGCAGCAGCAGCAGCAAGCUGCAGCAACACUUUCUGCAAGACGGGCAACGACCCCUGUGAAGCUCCCCACAGCCGCUGCUUCCCGUUGCUGCCAGCCCCAGCGCAUGCAGCAGCAGCAGGCGCGGCAGCAGCAGCAGCAGCAGCAGCAGGAAGACGCUGCUGCUGUUGCCUCUGCAGCAGCCGCCAGUUUGCUGCUGACUGUAGAGGCCUCAGCAGCAGAAGCAGAAGCAGAAGCUGCUGCACUGCAUGCAGCAGCAGCAGCACUUGCUUCCGCGCAGCGCAGGGCCUCGCUGCAGCUGCUGUCGCUGUGGGGAUCGUGUGGGGUGGAGACGAUCCCGAUCCCGAUCCCCGAGGGGCCCCACAGCAGCAGCAACUUCUUGCUGCUGGAAGAGCUGCAGCAGCAAACAAAAGGAGACAACUUCUUUUUGGAAAAGAUCCACACAACAGCAAGCUCGCUGGACUUGCUGCUGGAAGGAGACAGACAAGAAGCAAAAGCAGACAAGUUCUGA